AUGGCCUCUACUGGCCUUGCUGCCGAGUGCUAUGCUCAAAGUGGCGCGACGGGUAUGAGCUAUACGUUCACGCCGAUGAGUGGUGUUACUGGAAUUGGAAUCAUGAAUUCGGCUGGGAAGAUUGGAAAUUUUCAAAAUGAGGAACAAUGCGUGGUUGCAUAUCAGGAAAUUGUGAGCGACUGCUAUAACAUUAAGAAUGGUGGCAGUUGGACCUACCUCAGAGGAUCUCUUGAAUGGGGUGAGAUUUAUUCGUCGCCAGGUCCAAGAAAUCAAGUAGCACUUGAGGUACCCCGCUAUCGCGGAGUUUCCAGGCAAUCCGAAGCUAACUCCAGGCAUCCAUCUCAUGCGUACAACUAUAAAACCCGAGUUAUAACGACGAAGAGCAGGAAAGACAAUUUCCAAAGCAAUAUACCAAAAUUGAACAAGAAAAUGGCACGUCAACUUCCGCCAGGUUACAGUCUGCAUAUAGGCUACCCACCCGCCGAGAUUUACUGCAAUCUACGCAAAACCUCCGGUCUCGCAGCCGUUUCUCUCGUACAAGCCCAAGCCGUACCGAAGGGGAGCUGGUACGGCUGCAUGAUCAAAUACACUCCUUCUGAGUCCUCGACCGAGAAUGCAAUAGAAACAAAGCCCGAGAUUGUCGCCAUGGGCCGCAUAAUCAGUGACGGAGGCUGGUACUUCGUAAUCGCCGAUAUGGCUGUUUUACCAUCCCAUCAGAGGAAAGGACUGGGUGACUAUGUGCUCAAACAGCUCAUUCAGAGAAUCAGGGCGGAACCUGUGGUGGCUGAUGUUCUUGAGAAUGGGGGUCCAAAGCCGUAUGUUAAUCUACUUGCUGAUGAGCCGGGGAGGAAGUUGUAUGAGAGGAAUGGGUUUGUGUAUACGGCGCCGCAUUCGCUGGGGAUGAUGCUGAAAUUGGAUUGAUACUGCGAUAGAGUCGAUAUACAUUGUGUUGAUAGUGUCUAUGUACGUAAUUACAUUCAUAUCCGCCACCCCCGGAUUGAUAUCGAAAUUACAACUUGGCUCGCACUUUGCCCAGUUUUUCAACUUCAGCGAAUUGAUAGUAAAACUCCAAACUCUCAGGAUUAGCCAGUGUUCCAGAUGGCUUGAUUCGUUUUCCAGAUACAAUUUGCUUAACUGGAAGUUC